UAAAAUAGACUAGGGAAAUGGAAACACUUUAUCGGGCUUCACUAGGGACCCGAAAACCGCUUCUGCAACGAGAAGUGGAUGAUAAGCCGCUCCCUCUCAUCAUCCAAAACGAAGAAACGAAUGCUCCACCCUCUCCCUCUUCCAUGGAGUCGUCAUCUUCCUCAUUCUCCUCCUCUCUCCUCUCCACCGCCCACUUCGCCCCUCUCCGCCCCUCUCCUCACUCUCAACCUCGCUUCCUCCGCCCCAAACCCCUUCUCCUCGCCCCUCUCCCAGAGCGCCAUCUCCUCCUCCCCCCUCUCUCCGGCCUCAAAAGCCCUCGCGGCUUCGGCCCCACACCCCAAAAGGCCCAGAAUCGGCGGCGGCGGCGGAAGAAGAGUGCCGGGCCCUCCGAGGACGAGGACGAGGACGAGGACGACGAGGACGAAGGAGACGAGGACGGCGAGGACGCGGGGACGAUUCCGGAGGUGGUGACGAAUCGGAUGAUGCGGAGGAUGGGGCUCUCGGUGGGGAUCCCGCUCUCGCUGGGGCUCCUCUUCUUCCCCUUCUUCUACUACCUCAAGGUGGUGGCCAAAGUGGACGUGCCCACGUGGAUCCCCUUCGGGGUCUCCUUCUUCUUCUUCGGAUCGGCGUUGCUCGGCGUCAGCUACGGCAUCGUCUCCGCCAGCUGGGAUCCGACGCGGGAUGGAUCGCUGCUUGGGUGGAACGAGGCGCGCCGAAACUGGCCCGUGUUUUGGGACUCUCUUUGGGGAAGGAACAAGUAGAGAGAGAGAGAGAGAGAGAGAGAGAGAGAAGAAGAACCCGAGGUGAGUUGAGUUGAGUUGAGUUGAGGUGAGUUGAGUUGAGUUGAGUUGAGGUGAGUUGAGUUUCCUCCCUGUUCCUUUUUGUUUUCUUCCUUUUUCCAGUAUGUCAUUGUUGAUAGAGAUGAAUGGAAAUAACAACUGUUUAUUUACAUCCUUGCUGUAGUGGUUUUAACUGUUCUUA